UGUGUUGUCACUGUGUGUCUCUAUUGUGUACAAAUCAUUUCCAAUUAUCUUAUUUACUAGUGAAGUAACAAUUGAAUUAUUCCUCGUUUUUUUGGUUAUAGUUGCUGACAUCUCGCUUCAUUUGUAAUAUUGGACGUGUCUCAUUCUUGAAAAAGUUUCCAUGGUAAUUCACAUUACUGCACCGUGUGAUUAUAUUGGUAUACAGAGAUUUGUUUCAUUUUCUUUUUGAUUCAAAUAGAGUCAUCGUCACAGAGGCUUCAACAUAAAGAGAAAUGCGAAGGGAUUUAGUAGUGAUUAUACUGUCGACUACAGGAUGUGUGGUAUGUCUCUUAUACCUCUACUGCGUGACGUAUAGUGGACAGACACGUUUACAAAGAACCUUGAAGUCGAAUCUAGUAUCUCCAGAUUACAAGAGACCCGUACAAACUAAAACAAAAUACCCUUUGACUCUAAAUGCAAUAUAUAUAAUCAACAAUGUAAAUGUGUGUCGCAGUCAUAGGAAGGUGUCAGCACUAGUCUUUGUUCACAGCGCAGUUGAAAAUUAUUGGAGAAGAAAAGAUAUGCGGGCGACAUGGUUGAAUAUUUCUCACUAUAGUCCAGAAACUGUGUGUGUAAUAUUUCUGGUAGGGACAACACAUAGAAUGGACAUGCAAGACACGUUACUUAUGGAGAGCAGGACACACCGCGAUAUCAUCCAAGGUGACUUCAUAGACUCGUACAGAAACUUGACAAACAAGGGUGUGAUGGGAUUGCGUUGGAUCACGGAGAAUUGUAUGAAUGCCGAAAUCGUAAUCAAAGUUGAUGAUGACUCUUUCAUUAAUCUUUUCAAAUUCUUUGAAAAUUAUGCAUAUUUGAAAAAUCGAAAAAGGCUUUUAUUUUGCAAUGUAUGGGAACCGAAUUCCAUGGACAUAAUUCGUAAUAAAAGCAGGAAAUGGUCCGUGAGUGACACAUUUUAUUUGGGACAUGAACGAUAUCCACUCCAGUAUUGUAGUGGGUUUGUGGUGUUUCUCUCUACAGAUUUGGUCCGUCCUCUGUACCAAGCCGCGCACACGGCGCCAUUUUUCUGGAUCGAUGACGUUUAUCUGUUCGGAACUCUGCCAUCCUUUCUAGAAGGCGUGACGUUUGUGUCAUUCGGUGAGAGGUUAUCUUUUCAAUAUACAAAAGCACGCAAUUGUUACAGACAUCUUAUGAGGAAAUGCAAGUACCUUGUUAUGCAGGUAAACGACGGUGAGAUUCUUGAAAUGUGGAAGGCUGUUGUUUAUGACAGGUUUCAGAGUAUCUUUGGAUAUUAUUAUUUUGGAUGAUAGAAAAUAAAAGUCAAUAAACAUUCUAGUAACGUAUGCUUGCAAUACCACUUGUAUUUCUUUGUUCUUUUACAUCCGGGAAUUUACUAUUCACUUAGAGACGUCACAAGCAGUUAACAUUGUUCUAAGAGAAUUAACAAUAAGCGAAUGUGACGUAAAUUAGCAUGCGUUUUAAAUUUCCUAUAGUUUAGUUCGAAUGCUAAGAUAGUAAUACUUAAGGAUGUAUGCUACACCAGAGAAAUUUGAUGUAGAUGAAAAGUGGAAGAUAUGUACAACAAUAUUUUGAAGUUGUAAAUUUCCAAAUUUACUUUAUUUUGUCAAAAAAUACAGUUUUAGUAAAGGUAAUCUGGAAAAAAAA